AUGGAUAGAAGUGGAAGUAGAUGGUACGAGGAUUCCAGCAAACACAAUGGUGGAUGGCCUGUGUAUCUUUUACUCGAUAAACAUCCAAGUCCCGAGAAAAUUAAUGACUCUCGAGAAACAAACAAAAUACCUAUUCAAACAUCUAAACCAACUGUCAAGUUGGAUAAUGCUCUUGGAAGGAAAUCCUAUGUAUCGUCCCACAGCGUUAACAAUCUCGUGGAAGUCAGACCGUCAGAAACACCGCCAGAGAGUGAGGAAGAUUUCGUUCGGAGCAUCGUUGAUAGGAUCUUCGAAUGUCAAAAAAAUGAUAUUGAAGAUACGAAAGGACUUCGACACAAGGAACCUGCAAAUUCUUCCACGGGACAAGAACGGGAAUCUGUUGGUGGCGUUGGCACCCUGGGAUUACGGCAACUGUGCGGAAAUCAACUCGUGGCGUCACCUGUCACAGUGGAGGCAAGACCUUCCCAUGAGGACGCGAACAAUUUGUACGAAUUCACAAGAAACAAUGUCACCAUGUGUCAAUUGUCAGACGAUGAUGCAAUACAAUACGAGGAAGAGAAUUUGCCCAAGCUUCUUAAUUUAUUGAAAAAUAACUAUCCAUUUCGUGAAGUGACAAACAAAGAUAAUAUUUUGCGUAAUGAUGAAAUUGAAAGGUUCACUGAACUUUAUAAUAUUACUAAUGUUUACCCAGUGUUUUCAUGUUAUGAUUCGAUUUUCUGGUUAAAAGAUCCUGAUGGCGUUAUCUACCUGUGGUCUCGUACAGAUGAAAUGAUGAUACGUGGAGGAGGUGAUAUGAAAGAGGCUUUAAUUAAUUAUCUCUUUCACCAGGAAAAUCUUUGCUAUAUCAAUGAGUAUACACAUGAAUUGAUACCAAUAAAAGAGGCUGAAGAUAAAGCUAAUAAAUGGUAUGAAGAGGCUAAAAAAACUGCAACUAAAUUUGUGAUAAAUGAUGAGUCACUAAAACCUAUAAACGCCUGA